AAUAUGAGAAGCUGAAAAAGGAUUUUGAAGCCUUCAAAGAACACAGCACCAACCUCCUUUUACAAGAAAGGGAGUUAAAUAAGAAACUUCGCCACAUGAUGGGCUAAACUUUAGCAAUAAUAUCUGGGACAAAGAUGUUCCCCUCCUCUACGUUGGUGCUGCUGGUAACAGCACUGACCAGCGUCUGGGCCCAAGAGUUUUACGAAGAGAGGAAAACUAACAUAAAAUCCAGGUCCAAACCUUUGGCUGCAAAUAUUCAUAAUGGACAAGCCAUCCUAGACGAGGACUGUAGCUUGGAGCUCUCCUUCCUGUUGGACAGCUCCGAGAGCGCCAAGGACAAUCAUGAGCAGGAAAAGCAGUUUAUCAUGAACAUGGUGGACAGACUCCAAGAGGUACGGCUGCAGACCGGCCGCAGCUUAAGCUUGAGGGUGGCUCUCCUGCAGUACAGCAGUCACGUUAUCACAGAGCAAACCUUCAGAGACUGGAGGGGCACAGAGAACUUCAAGACCCGUAUAGCUCCCAUCAUCUACAUCGGGCAUGGCACCUACACCACCUACGCCAUCACCAACAUGACCAAAAUCUACCUGGAGGAAUCCAGCCCCGGCAGCAUCAAAGUAGCCAUGCUGUUUACAGAUGGUAUUUCCCACCCGAGGAACCCUGACAUUUUCUCUGCUGUCGCUGAUGCGAAGAACCAGGGCAUCAAAUUCUUCACUUUGGGCAUCACCCGGGCAGCCAACGAGCCAGCCAAUGUAGCCCAUCUCCGUCUGCUCGCCAGCUCCCCGGCCACCCGCUUCCUGCAUAAUUUACAGGACAAAGAUAUUGUUGAAAAAAUCGUCCCUGAGAUUACCAACUUGGCUGAUGAAGGUGCCCCUCUGGCUCAGAGAUGUGCUUGUGAGAAAGGAGAGAGGGACCAAGCGGGCACGCGCGGGAAAAAAGGUCGCUCCGGAGAUGAUGGAGCCCCAGGGCUUAGAGGUCAAAAGGGUGAAGCAGGACUAAGUGGUCUACCCGGGCGAGAGGGUGCGGAGGGAAAACCAGGUUAUAAAGGAGAGCAGGGUGAGAGGGGUGAGUGCGGCACUCCAGGAAUCAAAGGAGACAGGGGUCCUGAGGGUUCAGUUGGAGCAAGAGGACUUAGAGGUUUACAGGGGUUACCGGGACCACAUGGAGACAUUGGACCAGAGGGCCAUCAGGGAAAGCAGGGUGAACGUGGCCCACCUGGCCCCUCAGGGAUUCAGGGGGAGACUGGUAUUGGACUUCCUGGACCAAAAGGUGACAUGGGAUUCCAGGGUCGACCAGGUCCUCCUGGUCCCCAUGGAGUGGGCGAGCCCGGCCUUCCUGGACCUCAAGGACCACAGGGUGUUCAAGGGGAAAAAGGACCCCAUGGCGAGGGGUUUCCCGGACCAAAGGGGGAACGGGGGCUCGCUGGACCGAGAGGACCAAGGGGACAGCAGGGCGCAGGAAUCAAAGGAGAAAGGGGUGACAUGGGGCCUCCAGGUUCUCCUGGGCCAACUGGACUGACAGGAGUGGGCAUACAGGGAGAGAAGGGAAUCGAGGGUCCAAGAGGUCCACCAGGCGUCAGAGGACAUCCAGGAGAAGGUUUACCUGGACCGAAGGGAGACCAAGGUUUACCAGGAGAGCAGGGAGCAACAGGCGAGAGAGGCAUUGGUGAGCCUGGUCCAAAGGGAGACCCUGGGGCAGCUGGUUUGGGUGGCCUGCCUGGUCUUCCAGGAGAGGAUGGAGCUCCAGGGCAGAAGGGGGAGGCUGGUUUACCUGGUUUAAGAGGUCCUGAGGGAGCACAAGGAGUCGGCACUCAAGGGGAGAAGGGUGACCAGGGUCUGAGGGGCAUACGUGGGUUACAUGGGCCUACUGGGAUCUCAGGACCAUCUGGACCAAAGGGUGAACGUGGGAUACCAGGCCAGCAGGGCAUGCCGGGGCAGCCAGGACGGUCCAUAUCAGGUCCAAAGGGUGAUGGAGGCCCUGCUGGUCCCCCUGGUCCUUUUGGGGAAACAGGCCAUGGAUUACCUGGUCCAAAGGGUGAUCGUGGUCAUCCGGGUUCAUCAGGUCCAGUUGGUCCAAAAGGCGAAGGCAUCCGCGGCCCUGUGGGUCCUCCAGGCCUGCCAGGCUUACCGGGCGAGCAGGGCCCAGAAGGAAUAGGAAUUCCUGGUCCCAAGGGUGAUAUUGGUUUCAGAGGAUUGCCAGGUUUGCCCGGCCCCCCUGGAGAGGGCUUACAAGGACCACCUGGUAAUGUUGGGAAGCCAGGAAGUGCUGGUCCAACUGGACCUUCAGGAGUGGGUAUUCAAGGCCCAAAGGGUGAGCCAGGAUCACAAGGUAUGACUGGGCCUAGAGGGCCUCAAGGGGAUGGAUUUCCUGGAGCUAAGGGUGAUCGUGGCUCACAGGGUGAGAGGGGGAUGAAAGGUAUAAAAGGAGACAUGGGAGACCCUGGAGAUCAUGGUGAAGCAGGGAGGCCAGGAUCAAAAGGAGACCCAGGCCUCACAAGAGAAGACAUUAUUAAGCUGAUCAAAGAAAUCUGUGGAUGUGGCAUCAAGUGCAAAGAAAGACCAAUGGAACUUGUGUUCGUCAUCGACAGCUCAGAGAGUGUUGGCCCCGAGAACUUUGAAAUCAUCAAGGACUUUGUCACCAGGUUGGUGGACCGGACCACAGUUGGACGCAACGCCACCAGAAUGGGACUGGUCCUCUACAGUCUGGAUGUCCAUUUGGAGUUUAACUUGGUUCGCCACAUGAACAAACAAGACAUUAAGCAGGCAAUCAGAAAAAUGCCUUACAUGGGUGAGGGCACCUACACUGGCACCGCCAUCAGAAAGGCAACUCAGGAGGCUUUCUUUAGCGCUAGGCCUGGAGUCAGGAAAGUAGCCAUCGUCAUCACCGAUGGUCAAACUGACAAACGAGAGCCUGUCAAACUUGACAUAGCUGUGAGGGAAGCUCACGCUGCAAACAUUGAGAUGUACGCCCUGGGGAUCGUCAAUUCUUCUGAUCCUACGCAGACUGAGUUCCUGCGAGAACUCAACCUCAUUGCCUCGGACCCCGACAACGAACACAUGUACCUUAUUGAUGACUUCAACACUCUACCAGCACUGGAGUCUCAACUCAUUAGCCAGUUCUGUGAAGAUGAAAAUGGUGCCCUCAUUUACAAUCGAAUUACAAACGGACUCUGGAACGGCAACAAUGGCAAUGGUAUAAAUGGAAAUAAUGGACAUGGGCGUGGUAUUAAUGGAAACAAUGGACAUGGAGAGAGUACCAAUGGAUAUAAUGGCUAUGGCAAUAAUGGUUAUGGAAACAAUGGAUAUGGGAACACCGAAAAUGUUCACAAUUACCAAGAGGAAAUUCAAAUUCAGAGGCGCACCAACAGCCGAGGCCGUGGAGACACUUUCGCGCUACCCAUCAGCGCUGAUCCGCUCCCCGUACAGGUGGCGGAAGACGAUGAAGGUGAAGAUUUAGACUUAAGAGCCCACGCGCGGGGCGGUAAUACUGUAGCUACUGUAGCUGUGGUUAACAAAACAACAUCUUUAUCACCUGUGAGAGAAAGCUCUGUCUCUAAUGAGGCCAUCUUAUCUUCUUCUACGUCGUUAUCCUCAUCUGCAACAUCUGUGUCAACACUGGGCUCAGCUUUAAACUCUAACCGGUUGCCGGCUGUGGUGAGUCCAGUCCUGACUGAAGAAGCCCCUGUUGAUCCCCGCUGUAACCUCAGCUUGGACCAAGGCACCUGCCGAGACUAUAGCAUUUACUGGUACUACGACAAGCAGGCCAAUGCCUGUGCACAGUUUUGGUAUGGAGGCUGCGGUGGAAAUGACAACCGUUACAACACAGAGGAUGAAUGCAAGAAUACUUGCGUUCUAUUCCGAACAGCAGGAUGAAAGGAGAAGAAGACAUCAGAAAGUGGACUACUCAUUUGUUAUUUUAAUGUGAUGCCUUCUGUCAGUUGGGUUCAGCAAAUAAUUUCAUGCAACACUUUUGUCCUCACAUAAAUAAAAGUACUGAAAAAUUAUGAAUUUAAUCAAAUUCUGAAAAAUUACAUGUUGCUGUUCACAUCUGACGUAAUUAAGAUGAAUUUCUCCAAAACCGACUUUAUUACCUGAAAGAAAUUGUAUUGUGCUUGAUAAACAAGAAGUUAUCCUUUUAUUCAAGGUUUGGCUGCCCUCGGUUUCAUAAAACAACUUUAAUUAGAAAUUGUAUUAGAAUUUAAAAUUAACCUGUAGAUCAUUCUUAUACCUCUAUGAGCCACGUGCUUUACGUAUUUUGUGUUGAUAUUAUUUACUGAAAUAAGAUGAGUACUUUUGUAUGUGUUCUAUUUGUUUUUAUUACAAUUUGUCCGUUCGGGUUAUAACUGGCAGCUGUGAUUAGAGGGCCAUUUUUGUCUGGGUACUACUUUCAUUGGUCUACUGCGAUUGUCUAAACCUGGCUAUUUGGGCAGUGUGUGUAACGUAUAUUUAAAAUAAAUGUUUUUUGUUUUUUUUUUGUAAUGAAAUGUAAAAUAAUAGUGGUUUGUCUGAUUUUGUGUGUUUUCAUUGAGGACAAUAACCAGUAUCACUAUUCCCAUUAUAACUGUCAUCAAUUAAUUAAAUGAAUGGAUUAUGAACAUUACCUAUAUCUAACUUUAAAA